AUGCUUCAAGAAUAGUAUAGAUUCUUUGGUAAAGAAUUAGUGAAUUCUUCUGGUGAAUUCUAGAAGGAAAACUUUGACAAAAAUAAAGGAAAGCAUUUAACAGUAGUACCAAGAUAUUUAAAACUUAAUUUAUGGUGUGGAGAAAAGGAAAAUCAAAUGGAAGAAGAACCUAAUAUAAAUUAAUUAUGUUAAUUUGAUUAGCAAAUAUUAAAAGAUCCUUAAUUUACACCAUUAUACAAUUAAGAAAUUUUUUAAUAUUUAUUAAGUUAAGAAUAGAAAUAUAUGGUUAGUAAUAAUUAUAUGAAUGAAUAAUAAUAACCAGACUUAAAUGCAAGAAUGAGAUCAAUUUUAGUUGAUUGGUUAGUUGAUGUUCAUUUAAAAUUUAAAUUAAGGGAUGAGACUUUAUAUAUAACAUCAUAUUUAAUUGAUAGAUUUUUGAAUAUUCAAAAAACAACAAGAUAACAAUUAUAAUUAGUUGGAGUAGCUUCAUUAUUUAUAGCUUGUAAGUAUGAAGAAAUAUAUCCUCCAGAUUUAAAAGACUUUGUUUAUAUAACAGAUAAUGCAUAUACAAAAUAAGAUGUAUUAGAUAUGGAAGGUCAAAUUUUAUAGGUUUUAGAUUUCUCAAUUACUUAACCAUCUAGUUAUUGUUUUUUAUAGAGAUUUGGAAGAAUUGCUGGUUUAGAUACUAAAAAUUUAUUAUUAGCAUAAUAUUUAUUAGAACUUUCAAUAGUUGAUAUUAAAUUUAUGAAUUAUAAGCCAUCCUUUUUAAGUUCAUCUGCUAUAUAUUUAGUUCAUAAAAUAAGGUAUCAAAAUUAUAUAUUCAUAGAAAGACUCCUUAAUCUUGGAAUGAAGAAAUGUAAAAUACCACAGGUUAUAGUGAAUAAGAACUAAGAUUCUGUGCUAAAGAAAUGUGUUUAGUACUAUAAUCCUCAGAUAAAUCCAAUCUACAAGCAGUCAGAAAGAAAUUUGCAUAACAAAAAUAUUUAGAAGUAUCAAGAAUCAGGGUUGAAAGAUAAUCUAAAACAUAAAAAUGA